AAAGCUAAAUCCAAUCACUUGAAAAUGAGAUACACAAGUAGAACUGGUUUAGCACCAAGUGCAACGAAGAAACUGUUGAGGAGAAAUCGGAGUGGAAAAAAUUUAGACUUCAAACCAGACGCCAGACCUGCACCUUUCGUUUUGAAACCAUUGGCGGGUAUCUACAACCCUUACAGAUAUGGAUGCUCACUCCUAUGCAACCACCCAACCGAUGAAGAUGCUAGGGAAUUGCUAAGAAGAGCUAAAGAUACAUGGGUGAAUGAAAGCAGGAGAACUAUUCUGCAUGAAGAUGAAAUUGCGGCAAUUCGAGAUAACCUAGAGCAUUUGCAAAUGUAUUCGAAGCAAAAUGACACCAUUCAGACACCAGUGAUAGAAGCUAUACCAGAAGAACUAUUCAGACGCUAUACAGAAACAGAUUCAAGACCUCUUACCCCAGCUCCUACCCUUUCAAGCUCUGCCACAAGAGCUUCUGGAUCAAGAAGGUGCUUCACGCCUGAUCCUAUACCUAUAUCCACAGUCAAAGAAAAAACGAUGCUCGUUCUCGACCUGAGAAGAAGUCACAGCCAGGAUUUGAUAUGCGGUGGUAAUGCAUUUCUCGAUCCACCUUUGAUUUUGAUUCAACAAGUUCCUACUAGAAGAGGCAGUCUGGAUAGUUUUAUUGGUAAUUCGAACAGAGCUAAACAUGCUUUGCGUAUGCCAGCAACUGCAAGAACAACGAAUACUCAAAAAGAUGUAAGCCCCAAGAAUGAACCACCCAUGGACCCUGAAGACGAUGACAGAAAAACAGACGAAGAAAAUGACGAAAAUUACAUUAAAAGAAGAGGUAAAAGGAGGCGUAAAAAAAGAAAUGGUUCUACGGCCCUACUUGUUCAAACAUCAACUGAUCCAGAAACACAGGUUGGCACGGUUGGUUUAGACUCCAAUAACGCAAGUACCAGGCCCUCUUUGGUACCUGGAUCAGCAGAAGAAGCCGCUGUCCAGAAAUCAGCGUCUCAAAAUCUAAACGACACCAAAAAAUCCGGUCUUUUUCGAAACGUAGAAUCGUUUUUAGACUUCGACAUAUUGAAAUUAUUGCGUAGAGAACUGACAACGGAAAUAUACGAUAAUGAAUUCGAUUGGAAGCGAAGGAUUGCUCUGGGAGAAGCGCUAAAAACCCUAACGAAUGAAAAAAAUAAUUGCGAAGAAUUGCUGGCUCUACAAUCUGAACUGAAUCUGCCGCCUAUCAAUACUGAUCUUUGGAUAAGCAUACCAAGGGUGUUUUCUAGGCAGAAUGCUAGAUUUGAACUACCGCCAUUCAGCAAUAUGCUCAAAGAUAUGACCCCAAUGGAAUACAUUGCAGACAAUGUAGAUGUAACGAAUAGAAGAAAAAUAAUGUACAACUCUAUUUUCAAUAAGUUCAGAAUGAAAGAGGUGGAUAAAGAAAGAAGAUUGCUUGGAAAAAAUAUUUUAGAUGCUCUUCACCUUUUGAUGGGUCAAAAAUUGCCAAUUCAACCUCUAGAAGAUUUCAAAGAGUUGGUUGGUUGGAAUGAUGAAGAACUUUACGACUUUAAGACAUUUUCUUGUAUUUGCGCUACAUGCGAAAGGUUACUAGCAUCGAAGUACAGCAAAACUGUACCAGAUAGAAAAGCUGAUCCAUGUCACGAGCUAGAAUCAGCCGAUUUCGAGUCGUUAAAUCGGAAGCUGCAAGGUCAAAACGCCAACGAAAGAUUAGUGAAAAUCCUCUUCGGAAUAAAAAACCUUUAAAUUGAAUUAUUUAUUGAACAGAAAUAAACUAUCAAGAAUUAAC